AUGGGAAGCAAAACUUUUGUCACAAUGAUCUUAGUUGUAUCCCUUUGUGCUGCCAUUUUCGUUACUCAAGGAAUAGCUCAAGUGCAACCGUCACCAUUGAGUCCUGGAUUUUUCCCACCCGGUUUGCCUAUUGAUUUGGUAAAAUGUUGGUCGUCUCUUUUUAAUGUCGAAGGAUGUGUGCUGGAAAUCUUCAAAUCAAUUUUUUCUGGCAAGUUUGAAAAUGUUGAAGCGGCAUGUUGCAAAGCGUUUUCAACUUUAGAUGCAAACUGUUGGCCUCAAAUGUUUCCACUGAACCCAUUCUUCCCACCUCUCCUCAAGGACAACUGUGCUCGCAUCAUUCCCAGCUCACCUGCACACAAGUGA